AUGUCGGACAUCGAAGCUCUCAAGAGAAUGAAGGCCGAGAACCCCAACCAAGACUCGGCCAUCGAGGAGGGCGUCGACACACACUCGCAGAACACGGUGCAUGCCCGUCUGCGCGCCAACUCUUCAGUCAUGAAGGCCAAGAAGAUCUUGGUCGCCAACCGUGGAGAAAUCCCCAUCCGUAUCUUCCGUACCGCACACGAGCUGUCGCUACAGACAGUAGCCGUGUACAGUCACGAGGACCGCCUGUCCAUGCACAGACAGAAGGCCGAUGAAGCCUAUGUCAUUGGCAAGAGAGGAGAGUACACACCCGUCGCUGCUUACCUCGCAAGCGACGAGAUUGUCAGGAUCGCCAAGGCACACAAUGUUAACCUCAUUCACCCUGGUUAUGGUUUCUUGAGUGAGAACGCCGAAUUUGCUCGCAAGGUCGAAGCUGCCGGCAUGAUCGUAAGCUCACCAAUGCCUCGAAAGAGCCACACUAACAGCCUCUCUCUANNGUUCGUUGGUCCCACCCCUGACACCAUUGACGCCCUCGGUGACAAGGUUUCUGCCCGUGAGCUUGCCAUCAAGUGCAAGGUUCCUGUCGUCCCCGGUACCGACGGCCCGGUCGAGAAGUUUGAGGAGGUCAAGGGUUUCACCGACAAGCACGGCUUUCCCAUCAUCAUCAAGGCUGCCUUUGGUGGUGGCGGUCGUGGCAUGAGAGUCGUCUGGAAGCAGGAGGAACUCAAGGAGGCCUUUGAGCGUGCCACGUCCGAAGCAAAAUCUGCCUUCGGUAACGGCACUGUCUUCGUCGAGCGCUUCCUGUACCGCCCCAAGCACAUUGAGGUCCAGCUUCUGGGUGACAGCCACGGCAACGUCGUUCACCUGUUUGAGCGUGACUGCAGUGUCCAGAGACGUCACCAGAAGGUCGUUGAACUUGCCCCCGCAAAGGACUUGCCCGAAGAGACCCGCCAGGCCAUCCUGAACGAUGCUGUCGCUCUGGCCAAGUCGGUCAACUACCGCAACGCUGGUACCGCAGAGUUCUUGGUUGACCAGGAGAACCGCCACUACUUUAUCGAGAUCAACCCCAGAAUCCAGGUCGAGCACACCAUCACCGAGGAAAUCACCGGUAUCGAUAUCGUUGCUGCUCAGAUCCAGAUCGCUGCAGGUGCAUCGCUCGAGCAGCUCGGCCUGACCCAGGACCGCAUCUCAGUCCGUGGUUUCGCCUUCCAGUGCCGUAUCACUACCGAGGAUCCUAGCAGNGGUUUCUCACCCGAUACUGGCAGAAUUGAAGUCUACCGCUCGGCUGGUGGAAACGGUGUUAGAUUGGAUGGAGGUAAGAAUAAAAACUCGAUGACUUGUGUGGCACAGCUAAUGAUUCGACANGGUAACGGAUUUGCGGGCGCCGUCAUCACUCCCCACUACGACAGCAUGCUUGUCAAGUGCUCAUGCCGUGGCUCAACCUACGAGAUCACUCGCAGAAAGAUGCUCCGUGCCUUGGUCGAAUUCAGAAUCCGUGGUGUCAAGACCAACAUUCCCUUCUUGGCAUCUCUCCUCACCCACCCUACCUUCAUUGCCGGCGAGUGCUGGACCACAUUCAUCGAUGAUACCCCUGAGCUGUUUGCUCUGGUGAACAGCCAGAACCGUGCUCAGAAGUUGCUCGGUUACCUUGGUGAUCUCGCUGUCAAUGGCAGUCAGAUCAAGGGUCAGAUUGGAGAGCCCAAGUUCAAGGGCGACAUCAUAAUUCCUACUCUUCACGAUGCUCAGAAGAAUGUUCUCGACGUCUCAGAGCCUUGCAAGCAGGGCUGGAGAAGCAUCAUCGUGGAACAGGGCCCAGCAGCCUUCGCAAAGGCCGUCAGAGCCAACAAGGGCUGUUUGAUCAUGGACACCACAUGGAGAGAUGCUCACCAGUCUCUGCUUGCCACCAGAGUCCGUACUGUCGACUUCCUCAACAUUGCCAAGGAGACCAGCUACGCUCUCAGCAACGCAUGGGCUCUUGAGUGCUGGGGUGGUGCCACUUUCGAUGUCGCCAUGCGCUUCCUCUACGAGGAUCCCUGGGACAGACUGCGCAAGAUGAGAAAGCUCGUGCCCAACAUUCCUUUCCAAAUGCUCCUCCGUGGUGCCAACGGUGUCGCUUACUCAUCGCUUCCCGACAACGCCAUCACCCACUUCUGUGAGCAAGCAAAGAAGAACGGUGUCGAUAUUUUCCGCGUCUUCGAUGCUCUGAACGAUGUUGAGCAACUCGAGGUUGGUGUCAAGGCCGUCCUCAAGGCUGGUGGUGUUGCUGAGGGAACUGUCUGUUACUCUGGUGACAUGCUUAACCCCAGCAAGAAGUACAACCUCGAGUACUACAUGGGUGUUGUUGAGAAGAUUGUCAACAUGGGGGCUCACAUUCUUGGUAUCAAGGAUAUGGCUGGUGUCUUGAAGCCCAAGGCCGCCACCAUGCUGAUCGGCUCGAUCAGAAAGAAGUACCCCGACCUGCCCAUCCACGUGCACACUCACGAUUCGGCUGGUACCGGUGUCGCCUCUAUGGUUGCUUGCGCUCAGGCUGGUGCUGACGCUGUUGACGCUGCCACUGACAGCAUGUCCGGUAUGACCUCUCAACCCAGCAUUGGUGCUCUCGUUGCAUCUCUCGAGGGCAGUGAUCAUGACCCCGGUCUUAACCCUCACCACUUGAGAAUGAUCGACCACUACUGGGCUCAGCUGCGUCUCCUCUACUCACCUUUCGAGGCUGGCCUUACUGGCCCUGAUCCCGAGGUCUACGAGCACGAGAUUCCUGGUGGUCAACUUACCAACCUCAUCUUCCAGGCCUCUCAGCAAGGUCUUGGUGAGCAAUGGGCACAGACCAAGAAGGCUUACGAGCAAGCCAACGACCUGCUCGGCGAUAUCGUCAAGGUCACUCCUACCUCCAAGGUUGUUGGAGAUCUUGCCCAGUUCAUGGUCAGCAACAAGCUGAGCUACAACGACGUUCUUGAGAAGGCCGAGCAGCUCGACUUCCCCUCGUCCGUCCUUGAGUUCUUUGAGGGUCUCAUGGGCCAGCCCUACGGUGGGUUCCCUGAGCCUCUUCGUACCAAGGCUCUGCGUGAGCGCAGAAAGAUGGACAAGAGACCUGGUCUCUACCUCGAGCCCGUCAACUUCGACGAGGUCCGCAACAAGCUCAAGGAGAUGUUUGGUGGUUACACCGAGACUGAUGUUGCCUCAUACGUCAUGUACCCCAAGGUGUUUGAGGACUUCAAGAAGUGGACACUGAAGUUCGGCGAUCUUUCCGUGCUGCCUACCAAGUAUUUCCUAGCCAAGCCCGAGAUUGGUGAGGAAUUCCACGUCGAGCUUGAGAAGGGUAAGGUGCUCAUCAUCAAGCUUCUGGCUAUUGGUCCCCUUUCCGAGCAGACUGGUCAGAGAGAGGUGUUUUACGAGAUGAACGGUGAAGUGCGUCAAGUCACUGUUGACGACAACCACGCUGCCGUUGAGAACAAGUCGCGCAAGAAGGCCGACCUCGGUGACAGCAGCCAGGUUGGUGCACCCAUGAGUGGUGUCGUUGUCGAGCUCAGAGUCAAGGAGGGCAGCGAGGUCAACAAAGGUGACCCGAUUGCCAUUCUGAGUGCCAUGAAGAUGGAGAUGGUCAUCAGUGCACCUCACUCUGGUAAGGUCGGCGAGCUUAGCGUCAAGGAGUCAGACUCUGUCGAUGGGCAGGAUCUCAUUUGCAAGAUUGUCAAAUAA